AUGGCUACCCCCAGUGUCCUUACUUUUGAUGCUGAGGGCCGUGCCGUUGACUUUGAGGUCUGGGUCGAUGACCUCCAGCUGUUUCUCCAGUGCGAUAGGGCAGACGGACUCUCUCUAUUCGAUCUCACCUCUGGUGCCUCUCCUGCCCCGCCUGCUACUACUAACAGCACUGUUCGCUCACAGUGGGCCACACGCGAUGCUGCUGCUCGCCUUGCUGUGCGUCGCCACUUACCGACCACUGAGCGUGCACACUUUAGCCAGUACAAGAGUGCUCAGACCUUGGACCACUUCCUCUCAAUUUGCCCCACCAAACUCACCGUUGACCUCCUCGAGAAGAGCCUCCUAGCAGCAGAGAAGAGCAUAGUCGAUGUAGGAGCCUCUCGUGGUGACCCUCGCACCCCCGUCUUUGAGGGGUGUUCCCCCUCCCCCCUCUUGCCCUCUGUUGCCUCUGCUGCUGCGGCCGACCUCGUUGGUUUCGAGUCGGUCGGCGCUGCGUCUGCCCCUAGCGGGAGACGCCACACCGGCAAGGGCAAGGGGGGCAAGGGCGCUGGAGGGGCUGGCGGGGGCGGUGGAGGUGGUGGUGGAGGUAGUGGAGGGGGUGGGGGUGGUGGUGGGAGUGGUGGCGGGGGUGGAGGUGUCGGUGGCAGCAGUGGAGGCGGAGGAGGCGGCGACGGUGGCGGAGGGAGCGGAGGCGGCGGAGGUGGUGGAGGCGGCGGAGGCGGCGGAGGUGGCGGAGGCGGCGGCGGCAGCAGUGGACCUGGUCGCAGCUCUGUGCAGAGGAGUGGCUUCGGUGGUGGUACGCGCCAGCAGCAGCAGCGCAGUCGUGAGACCCUGUCCCCUCAGCAGCUUCGUGAGUGGGCGGGGGCUGCUAUCUUUGAUCUUGAUUUUGAUGCUAUUCUUGCUGCCAUGUUUGCUGUUGCUGAUAGUGUUGAGGGUGACUGUUACCUGUGUGUUCCGCCUGACCCGGGCAUUGAGGCUGCUGCUCUAGGUGCUGGUGAGGCUGCUGCUCUAGGUGCUAGCGCGUCUGCUGCCCCAGGUACAGCUGAUCUACAGGAUAGGGGGGUUGACCAGUUCACUCCUGCGAGUCAGCGGGUGACCCACUGUACGUGUGCUCGGACAGGCCGACACUUGGCCACGUUCACCCGUCGGCCGGGGUCGAGCCUGUACACCCUCACUACUGAGUCUCCUCCGGCUGCUGAGCCUGGUCAGGUCGCUGCGUCGAGUCAAGUGUUUGCAGCAGCGUCCAGGUCUAGUCCUGAGUCUGCUCCCUGCUCGUGUCAUCUCCUGUCUCACCAGACUCUCCUUUGGCACCACCGCCUUGGUCACCCCUCUCUGCCUCGUCUCCGAGGCAUGGCCUCCCGUGUCCUUGUCUCUGGUCUCCCCCGGUCUCUCCCUCCCCUACCUCCGGGGCCUGCCCCUACCUGCGUCCCCUGCGUCGAGGGGCGACAGCGCGCCGCCCCUCACUCCUCCGAGUUUCCUCCGACAGAGGCUCCGUUGCAGACUCUUCACAUGGACGUGUGGGGCCCCGCCCGCGUCCGUGGCCAGGGGCACGAGCGUUACUUCCUGUUGGUGGUUGACGACUACUCGCGUUACACCACGGUCUUCCCCUUGCACAGCAAGGGUGAAGUCACUGAGGUGUUGAUCGACUGGAUCCGCGCAGCUCAUCUCCAGCUCAGAGAGAGUUUCGGCUCGGACUUUCCUGUUCUGCGUCUACACUCUGACAGAGGCGGGGAGUUUUCCUCUGCCCGUCUGGGAGCCUUCUGUCAUGCACAGGGCAUCCGCCAGACCUUCACGCUUACGGCCUCUCCACAGCAAAAUGGGAUUGCUGAGCGCCGCAUCGGUAUGGUCAUGGACGUCGCUCGUACGUCCAUGAUCCAUGCGGCUGCUCCCCAUUUUCUGUGGCCGUUUGCGGUUCAGUACGCGGCGCAUGAGCUCAACCUUAAGCCCCGGGUCUCCUUGCCAGAGACCUCCCCCACCUUGCGGUGGACGGGGAAGGUUGGCGAUGCGUCUGCGUUUCGGGUCUGGGGAUCUCGGGCGUUUGUCCGCGACUUGUCUGCGGACAAGCUGUCUCCCCGUGCUGUUCCCUGCGUCUUCCUUGGCUUCCCCCUCGACGCGCCUGGUUGGCAGUUUUACCACCCCACCUCGCGCCGUGUUCUGUCCUCCCAGGACGUCGCCUUUGACGAGUCGGUGCCUUACUACCGUCUCCUCCCCUACUGCGCUGCGCCCCUUCCCCCGCCGCCGCUCUUCCUUGUGCCAGGUCCUCCCCCGGUAGACCCCCUCCCCCCUCAGGGUCCUGCCCCGUCAGGUGUGUCCCAGGUAGACGCAGUCGAGCCUGUCGAGGUAGCUGUUGACUCUGGUGCUGCUAGAGGUGCUGAGCCUGCGGGUGCCGGGUCUCGAGGUGCUGAGUCUGGGGGUGCUGAGCCUGGGGGUGCUGAGCCUGGGGGUGGUGAGCCUGGGGGUGCUGAGUCUGGAGGUGCGGAGCCUGGUGGUGCGAAGCCUGGGGGUGCGGAGCCUGGGGGCGCUGGGUCUGCUUGUGUGACCGCCGGCGGUGCUUCGUCGAGGCGGGAGCCACUCUCUCCGCAGGAGCUGCGCGAGUGGUUUGCCCGGCGUUGGGGCCGUGCUGCUGGAGCUGGAGGCACUACUGUUGCUGCUGGUUCCGGAGGUGCUCGUACUGGCGGUGCUGGAGCUGCUGGGCCUAGGGGUGCUGCUGGGGCUACUGGAGUUGGUCCUACUGGAGCUGCUGGCGGUUCUAGAGCUGCCGGUCCAGCUGGAGUUGGUGCUGCUGGAGCUGCUGGAGCUGGAGCUGCUGGGGGUGUUGGCGCUGGUGGUUCUGCUGGCGCUGGUGCGUCUGAGGGUGCUGGAGUUGGCGCUGUUGGAGCUGGAGGUGCUGCUGACCCUGGAGCUGCCGCUGGGGGUACUCGUGCUGUCCCUGCUGGUUCUGGAGGCGGUGCGCGGCCGCGGCCGUACUUCGUUCCGCUCCUUGAGCAGGUUCUUGGUCUCUCGCCUUCUACUGGUCCUGCUCCUCCCUUAGAGUGUCCACAGCCUGUCCAGUCGCAGUCACAGUUACAGCCCACCUCCCCUCUACCUGCUCCUUCUCCCUACACUGGUCCUACUGGAGGUCUUGCUGAGCGUCGUGAGCCUGCGUCUCGUCCUGCGUCGCCUGUUCGUGCUGCUUGCACUAGUAGUCGUGCUCCGCGUCCGCGUCCUCCUGCGGUCACAGGCACACACCAGAUGGAACUGCGUCCUUCCACUACUCCUCUGCGUGUCCCAUUGCCGUCUUCUCCAGAGUCCUCUCUUCCUGUUCUUGCUGACCCGGAGUCUGACUCUCUUGGUGCUGCCAGUCCUACUGUCACGCGUCUCCUGGCCACUGUUGUCACUGACCCUUCCUUUGAGUCUGCUGCGUCUGUUUUAGUUGCUGAGCUUGUCGACUUUGCUGCUCGCUGUCGUCUAGACUACGCCACUAGUCUCGUUGCUGAGUCUGAGUCUGUCUGUCCUCCGUCCGUCGGGGGUGAGUGUGCUCUUAGCACGGACGUCCUUGAGGACAGGCAGGAGGAGUUCCAGUACAUCCCGACUCCUCGAUCGUUCGCUGAGGCGAUCGAGGGUCCCUACUCCUCUCAGUGGGAGUCAGCCAUGGACGCAGAGAUGGCUUCCUGGAAGUCCACAGGCACCACGUCAACGAGGUUCCCCCACCUGGGGCGAACAUCUCAGCGGCAGGGAGUUGACUACUUUCAGACCUUCUCUCCCACCCCGAAGAUGACCACUCUUCGGGUGCUGCUGCACAUAGCCGCUCAGCGCGACUACGAGCUUCACUCUCUUGACUUCAGCACAGCUUUCCUGCAGGGCAGUCUGCACGAGGAGAUCUGGCUGCGCCGCCCACCUGGCUUCACUGGGUCGUUUCCUCCUGGUACUCAGUGGAGCCUCAGGCGGCCAGUCUACGGUCUCCGCCAGGCACCCCGUGAGUGGCACGACACACUGAGGACCACACUUGCGGCUCUUGGGUUUGCUCCUUCUACAGCCGACCCGUCGCUGUUUCUGCGCACCGACACCUCUUUGCCGCCGUUCUACAUCCUUGUGUACCUCGACGACUUGAACUUUGCCACUGCUGACACUGCUGGACUCGCCCACGUGAAGUCCGAGCUGCAGAAGAGACACACGUGCACAGACCUGGGUGAACUGCGCAGCUACCUUGGCUUGCAGAUCACCCGGGACAGAGCACAGCGCACCAUUACCCUGACCCAGUCACACAUGGUGCAGCAGGUCCUUCAGCGGCUGACUGUUAUGUGA